AUGGAUUACCUUUAAAUGAACAGCAUGUCUUUGGACCGUGUCAAUACAACAAACACGGAGCACUCCACCGAGUGCUCUGCAGAGUAUUCAGGACCAGCUCCCAGUGAUCCCAGCCGCACCCGGGAUGUGGCUGUCCUCCAGUCUGGCUGCUGCCGCUGUCUUCCCCGAUCAGUGCAACUUAUCUUUAGCCCUGAGUCCUUGGAGAGCCUUUACCAGAACUACUUUUGUAGGCAGAGAGAAGAGAACCUGCUGGUCUUGGUGUUAUUUGCAGCCCUCUUCAACAGCUUCAUUAUCAUUAUGUGUGCGGUGGUGUACACCGAGGACAAACUGGCCAUGGUGGUGGUCGCCGUUGUGGGGCUGGCAGUGGAUGUAGUUUUCUACCUGCUCUGCUGGUUCCAAAAACUCCCUACAUCCCCUGUGGCAAGAGGAGUGGUGCCAUAUGUGCUGUGGCUGAUGGUCACCAUCCAUGUCUUAUGUUACAUGGGACUGAACUACAAGCGAUUCUCUGAUGCAAGCGACGCUGUGGGCUGGCAGGCUUUCUUCAAUUUCUCCAGCUUUCUGACUUUACCCCUGAAUUUGAUGCCCCUUGUCCUCCUCGCAACGCUCUCCUCUGGGAUACACACCCUGACACUGGGGGUCACUGUGGCUCAAAGGUUUGGGGAUACUCUUCAGGGGCCCAUGCUGGCGAGACAGCUGCUGGCCAAUGUGAUGCUGUACCUGUGUGCAGCCAUGGUGGGUGUGAUGUCAUUUUACAUGGCCGACAGGAAGUACAGAACAGCGUUUUUGGAAGCUCGUCAGUCUCUGCAGGUUAAACUGACUCUGGAGGACCAGGGCACCCAACAGGAGGAACUGUUGCUCUCCAUCCUGCCAAAGCAUAUUGCAGAUGAGAUGCUGCAGGGCAUGAAGAACCAGGCCAAUCAGAACGAGGUCCAGCAGCAUCAGCAGUUCAACACCAUGUACAUGUACCGCCAUGAAAACGUCAGUAUACUGUUUGCAGACAUCGUGGGCUUCACCCAGUUAUCUUCAGCCUGUAGUGCACAAGAGCUGGUAAAACUGCUCAACGAACUGUUUGCCCGCUUCGAUAAACUGGCCUCACAACAUCACCAACUGAGAAUUAAGAUUCUUGGAGACUGUUACUACUGCAUUUGUGGUCUGCCAGACUUCAGGGAAGACCAUGCUGUUUGCUCUAUAAUGAUGGGCCUUUCAAUGGUGGAAGCAAUUUCGUAUGUGCGCGAAAAGACAAAAACCGACGUGGACAUGCGCGUGGGUGUUCACACAGGCACUGUGCUCGGCGGCGUCCUCGGUCAGAAGCGCUGGCAGUUUGAUGUUUGGUCAACAGAUGUCACUGUGGCCAAUAAGAUGGAGUCUGGAGGAAUCCCUGGGAGAGUGCACAUUUCCCAGAGCACUAAGGACAGUCUGCAUGGGGAAUUUGAGGUUGAGCCUGGAAAUGGAGGAGAGAGGUGUGAGUACCUGCUGGAGAAAGGAAUUGACACUUACCUGGUUCUCACACCCAAACAAGAAGCAAAUGGACUCAAUGGAACCACACCUGGUGCAUUGACCAGCAGAAAUUCAAAUCAGGUGAUCAAUACAACAAUGACCAAUGAGAACACAGUCUCACCUCAGUCAAUGCUGACUACCCCUAAACAGGAGAGAAAUAAAAUGGCUGAUGAACAAGCAAUCAAUAGACGACUGCAGCAGGAACUUCUGGACAGAGAGUCUCAGCAAAUAAUGAAGGACCAAAUCAACCCCGUUUCACUGCGCUUUGUGGAUGGAAAGUUGGAGGAGCACUACUCCUUGGAGAAGGAGAAGAGAAGUGGUGCGGCCUUCAGCUGCUGUGUCAUUGUGCUCUUUUUCAUCACAGCAAUGGAAGUGUUUAUUGACCCGCUGUUGGUUGUGAACUACGUGACUCUCGCUGUUGGACAGCUGUUGUUGCUUAUUCUCACAGUUUGCUCCCUAGCUGCAAUCUUUCCUAGGAUGUUCUCUAAGAGGUUGGUUUCCUUCUCAAUGUGGAUCGACCGCACACGGUGGGCUCGGAACACGUGGGCCAUGGCAGCCAUAUUUGUUCUAACCAUGGCUGUAAUAGCCGACAUGCUAAGUUGUGUCCCACCUUCACUGAGGCUCUUUAACAGUACCUUUGGCCCGAUGCUGGAGUCUCUUGGCGACCGAGGCUGUGCAGAAAAUCCAAAGUAUUACAGCUUCAUGGCUGUGAUGUCACUCAUCGCAACAGCCAUGUUGGUUCAGGUCAGCCACCUGAUCAAACUGGGCCUCAUGGUGUUAGUUGUCACAGCAACAGGAGCAGUAAAUAUCUACAGCUGGAGUGACAUAUACGACUUGUAUGAUUUUAUACAGUAUGCCUCUUACAGAACAUCCAUAGUGCCAUCAAAGUAUCUCAUGACAAUAAUGAUUAUUGUCAUGAUGAUAAGCUUUUACUUCUUUGCUCGCCAUCUGGAGCAUCAGUCAAGGAAGCUAUUCUUGUGGAAGAUUGGGGUUCAUGACCAGAAGGAGCGGGUGUUCGAGAUGAGGCGCUGGAACGAGGCACUGGUGACCAAUAUGCUGCCAGAGCAUGUGGCCAAACACUUUCUGGGCACUAAAAUGAGAGAUGAGGAGCUGUACAGUCAGUCUUAUGAUGAAAUUGGUGUGAUGUUUGCCUCCAUUCCAAACUUUUCUGAUUUCUACACUGAAGAGAGCAUCAACAACGGAGGCAUCGAGUGUCUCAGGAUCCUCAAUGAGAUCAUUUCAGAUUUUGACAGUUUAUUGGACCGAGAUGAGUUCAGGUGUAUUACAAAGAUCAAGACAAUAGGAAGCACAUACAUGGCUGCCUCUGGACUAACGCCUGAAAGCAACACCAAUGGAUAUGGCAGCCGAAAGCCAGAAGACCAGUCGCUCAUUGAACGCUGGCAGCACCUGUCUGAGCUGGCAGAUUUUGCCCUGGCCAUGAAGGUCACUCUUGAUAACCUCAACAAGCAAUCCUUCAACAACUUCAUGCUACGGAUUGGUUUGAAUAAAGGACCUGUUCUGGCUGGAGUAAUUGGAGCCCGUAAACCUCACUAUGACAUCUGGGGUAACGCAGUCAAUGUGGCCAGUAGAAUGGAGUCAACUGGAGUGAUGGGCAACAUCCAGGUGGUGGAGGACUGCUGUGACAUCCUGAAGGAAUAUGGCUUCCGCUUCAUUCGAAGAGGGCCCAUAUUUGUCAAGGGAAAAGGAGAGCUGCUUACCUUUUUCAUGAAAGGGAAAGACAAGUCUAGAGGCAAAGCAGGUCUGGGAACAACUGCUCUUCCGCAUCAAGUAGAGAGUCUUCCUCAUCUUUCCUGACUUUUUUCACCUGAAUAUUUCAAUUAACAUGCAAACCGAUUUAAGGGCAAUGAUAGCUUUGCUCCACUUUUCUUGUACACAGUUGUUUUUCAACAUGUUUUAAUAAAUUCUGCCACUUAUGUUAGCAGCAAAAAGGUACACAAACUAAUAAAUUCAGAUGCCACUGCACAAUGAUCAUGACUAUUAGAAAACUGCAUUAAAUGUUUGCAAAGUAAUGCAAUAGGUCCCACACUGAUGACAUCAGAGCAAACAAACCUAUUGUCUUUUCUAAAUAGUGCCAGGAAGCAUAGGUGACAUUCUCAAAUAAAAGAAACAUUUUUCCAUUUUCUUUGUGUAAAUGUAGCAUGUAGAAUCCGUUUGGAAACAUCAAUUGAUGCAGGAAUGAAUUUCUUCGUUAGGUGAACACAGAGCUUGCCUUACUCUCACCAAUGACAUAAAUGCCUCAUUAUUAUUUUUUUUAUUUGUUGAUAUUAAGGAGCGUAAUAUCAUCAUACUCCACAUUUAAGUAAAACACAGAGAUAUCUAAGAAUGCCGCAAGAGUCAGAAUGUAAAUCUGUGUUUAUGUUCCAUGGAUGUAUGUAACAAACAUGUAACAUACUUUGUUUUACCUUGUGGCUAAUUUCAUUGCAUUUACACUUUUAAUAAAUUAUAUUUAGUCUUUGUGUUUCAAAUUAUUUUACAAUGUUUUGAAUGUUGUGCCAAUAUACGGUAAGUGACAUCCUAGUCAAUGAAAACUAGUUACUAAACUGGAGUGAUUGCUUUACUUACUGAAAUUAUCCAUAUUCAGAGCUUUUUUUCUUUAAAAUUGAAAUGUUCAGAGUCAAAACCCC